AUGGAGCCGGAACGCCAACCUCGCUUACCAAUUGAGAUCUUCCUUCUUAUUGCCAAUUAUCUGGACCCUCAAGACCUACUGCUUCUUCUACACGCCAGACCAGGUAUCACAUCUUUGCUAAACCAUGCCCAUCUAAAAUCUGUGGAUAGCGAAGGCAACACCCUGCUUCACCUAGUGGCAGAGUACAACAUUGACAAUGUGAUCAGCCGACUGAGCCCAACCACCGCAGCCAAGAGCAUGGUCGAAAACAACGCCGGUCAGACACCGCUCCACAUAGCGGUCAAAAAAGGUCACUAUGGCAUUGUUCAAGAACUGCUAUCAACGGGAUGCAAUCCAUCCCCGACGGACAAGCACUCCCGAACCCCCCUGCACUAUGCUUGUCUGACCAAGCAAGACAUAACCAUGGUGCGGCUGCUCCUGGCUCAUGGCGCUGACGCUUCGGCAAAAGACAAAGAGGGCCGCACUCCAAUACACAUAUGUUGCACCCACGGGCAGGUUGCACUGCUCAAGACUCUCAUUGAUGCCGGCGCCGACAUCAAUGGAGCGGAAAACGGAGAGGUGGAUUCUGGAGCGCAAGGGCAGACACCAUUCCACAAUGCAAUACUGCGUAGACAGACAGAGUGCGCGAAGAUUCUUUUGGAGACAGGGGCCGAUCCGAACGUGCUAUAUGGGCCUGGAGAACACAUUUUGGGCCCCGCAGUGUUCAGGGGGCAGACAGAACUCGUGCAACUGAUGCUGGACAAGGGAGCUGAUGUGAACAGGCCAGACCGCCUAGGAAUGACGCCCUUGAUGUAUGCUGCUACCGUAGACAGAGAGCAAAUCGCGCGGAUCCUGUUGCAUGCUGGCGCCAAACCAAACAUACGAGGACCUCGUGGCGGUGUCGCCCUACACGGCGCGUCCAGGUCAGGCCUGCCAUCGAUUGCGAAGUUGCUGCUCGACGCGGGUGCUGAUCCUUCCAUUACGGAUAGUUCGGGCUUUUCUCCGUUAGAUUAUGCUACGAAGAAGGAAGCGACUCCUGCAGAGUGGGUUUCAACCCUGGGACAUGAGUUGGUAGUCAAACUGCUGCAACAGGCACAGCGACAAUCAGAAGCUGGGCUAGGCUGA